CUUGUUUCCAUAUCACCCUAUUCCCUGUGCCAAAGCCAUUCUCAACACAUCGUCGUCGCCGUAACACCAUCUGAAAUAUAUAUAUAUAUAUAUAUAUAUAUAUAUCAACUCGCACAAAAGCCAUGGCCAAUCCCGAAGCAGGUAAACACCGUUACUUCACCGAGCUCGCGCCCAAGUAUUCUCAGUUCACGGGAAACACGACGCGAGAUCUCUUUAACGAGGUAUUAGACCAUCGCAAUGGUCUAUCAAUCAGCUCAGACUCUGUGGUCCAUGACAAUGCAGCUGGUCCCGGAACCGCCGCAGAGGCUUUAAUUACAUGGUGCCACAAGCACAACUCCGCCGCGACACCCAAGAUCGUGGUCACGGACUACGUGCCUGCAAUGAUCGAAGCAUGCGAGGCCAUCAGGGCGACGAAGCAUCAGGACGAUGCUUUGUGGCAGAGCGUUGCGCUCGCCGUGACCGACUCCGCAGAUCUCAAGGACUACGGCGACAACUACUUCACCCACAGCAUCUGCAAUUUCAGCAUCUUCAACCUCACCCAUCCCGACAAAUGUCUCCAGGAAAUGCGUCGGACGCUUCAGCCCGGUGGGACGGCCGUCGUGACGUGUUGGAAACGGUUCGCCGCCGAGGAUCUACUCUCUGCCGCUCAGCGAGUCGUCAAAGGCGACGAAUGGGCCAACGCACACCGGAUCCCCGCCGCUGGACCUCAAUACCUCGAAGAAGGGUAUACAGCCCGGCUCGUGCAAGACGCCGGAUUCCCCUCCGACACCGUCGAAACGUUCGCAUUGAAAAAGGUGGUCGCCGAGGGUGGUGAUGACUGGAGGGGGCUGUACGAAUUCUUGACGACAUCGUCGCUCAAGAACGCGGCCACCAGGGAGUGGAGCGAGGAAGAAUUGGCGAAAUGGCCCGAUGCCGUGGCGGCGGCAAUGCAAAAAGAGAAGGAUUCCUUUGGGGGUCUACUUUUCGAAGCAUGGGUGGUCAUUGCAAGGAAAUGAACACGGCGUUAACAAAAGCGACCGCCUGGAAAUCGUACUACAUAAUGACAUGCCGAUUUGAGCAAAUUUAUUGAAGUGAAGCCUG